GUUGAUCCUCCCAGACGCUUGCCCCCAGCGUCCUCGUUUAUCUGUUUCCUUUGGAUGGGCUCAUUGGGGUCUCCGGCUACCAGCUAUCCAAAUCCGCCGCCGUAUCGCGACUCGGUUAUGGCAUCGACACGAGACGCCGAGGGUCUCCAGGUGGACUACGAUCGGGAGGCAGCUAGUGCUCCGGAGGCGUACAACCAGCAUCAGUACACAGCGGUUGCGGCAAAGGAUGAACCGUACAAUGCUGGAAGCCAAGCAGCGACGCCACAGCAAAAGAUUCCCUUUGGCUUGAGCGUAUUAAGCUUUGGUUUACUUGUCGCGCUCGUUACAGCUGUUAUUGUCGGAGGAGCAGUUGGAGGGGGUUUGGGAGGAGCGCUGGCAAACUGCAAAAGCUCGGAUAGUUCAGACAAUUCAGAGGCUCCGACCCCGACCGAAACAAGUGAAUGCAGCCAGUCAAACAGCACCGACGACGCCGUUGGCAUCAAUUAUGCUCCCAUACCAGCCGCUCAAGUCGCCAACCUCACCUUGAACUGCCCCAAGAACGGGGCCAACGGGACAGUGAGGACGACCAACGGAUAUCGAUUCAGCACGUACUGCGGCGUGAAUGCGCCCGACACUGGAGACGGAAACAUCAAUGACAUUGUGUCCAUCUGGGCCUACUACUUCGAGGACUGCGUAGGCGCAUGUGCGGAAAUGACGAAGAACAACGACACCAUUUGCGACAGCGUGUUCUUCAGGAUAGGAAUGAACGGAUCGACGACACAAUAUGGGAACUGCUGGCUGAAGAGCGGCAAGUUGAAGGGGGGUGAUGGUAGUUGGACUGAUUACGAUUCUGGCCGCGUGUACGCCGAGAUGGAUGACGACGAUGAUGACGAUGACUGA